UACCCAGAAAUGAUUUGAUAUUGACAUAACAACAGCUGACCUUUAAAUCAGCUUUAAAAUUCGCACGCUUUUAUACGUCAGCCUCGGCGUGCAUGUGCAGAAGUAGGAAAGAUGGCUGCUUGUGCAAUACGACGAGGCUUUCUGACUACUGUCAGUAAAUACAAGAAGAAACACACACAUAGAAUAUUGAGUAUUAUUGAAGGGAGUAGUGGACUUCAGGUGAAGAGACCCUGGUUACCGUGUUUAGCAUGUCGAUUGCCCAACAUUCAGCAGACGAGGUUCAUAUCGUCACGGUAAGGGCUACCUUCUAAGCGAAUGUGUCCUAGCUAGCUAGCUGUCUAGCUAACGUGAGUUAGCAAGUUAACCAGUUUGUCCACUGUCUUUAAUGCUGCCCAAUGAUGCAUCAUUGAUGCUGCCAUGCCUCCACUACUUUAGCUGCCACCGCUAACUAUAAGAUUGACAGCCAGCUAAGAUAGAUAUAGCUACCUGGACUGAACUUACAAGCAGUGAACUUCAGUUCUCUCCCUAAAUAUAUCUCUCUAGCUAGCUAAUGUAGGAAAAUAAAUGCUCUGUAAAUUAAAUUAACAUUGAUUGCGCAACACUUGGCAAGAAGUCAGCUUGGAAAGUAACUUGCAGAGCUGAACUUGCAGAAACAGGAAGGUGCUAGCUAAGCUAUAUGAUUGGCAAAUGUUUUGCAUAGAGCUACAAUGAUUUGUACAUUGCACGAGUUCCUGUUGUCAGACAAAUCAAUUAGUUUUUAGUAAAUUCCAACUUACAUAUCAAAUUCUCAGUUUGUGUCAUAUCAAACAGUGUCAUGUUGGCACUUUGAUGCACUUGGUAACACACACACAGCUUAUAGAUAGACCUUAACUUGCAAGCAGAGCUGUGCAUAUUUUCAGUUUUCAUAACUAGACUCAGAGACAGUUUCUAUCUACAAGCCAUCAGACUGCUGAACACUUGAACUGGACUGACCACCUGCUCUGAUUCUCUGAACCUUAGCACACAUUCACUCACUCAUGCACACACACCCACACAGACAUACACAUAUACUGUACAUUCAUGCUACACUCACAUCACGACUGCUGCUACCAGACUCUCUUAUUUAUUAUACUGCUCAAUUUAUACACUUGGUCGAAAUUUUCAAACAUAUUUUUCCAUAUAGACACAUCCUAUGUGUUUUAAUCAAAUCAACGAUAUGCACUGAGCUUGUCUGGUGCUUUAAGCACACAGUUUGAUGAAAUAAUUAAGACACACAAAUGGCUAGAGGGAGUCCGACUGCAAUUGAUUUGAUUGUGCCGGGCCGGGCUCAGUCUGCGCUGUGUGAUUAACACCCGUUGUUGCUCUCUCCUCCCUGCUGCAGCGACCACCACAUAACAUCAACAGUGUUUAUCACGCUGUCCAUGUUGCUGAAGAUGCAACAUACUUACAGCCAAUUCUGAAAAAUUCUGUUACUGAAAUUCCUCAUUUGUUUAGGAAAAACAUUCCCUAUUUCCUCAAAAGCAAAGAAUUAAAACAGCCGAAUUUGUGAAGUUGUUUAUCCGGCAUGUUAUGGUUGUGUGAGGCUUGGUGCUCACCGAAUAAGUAGACUAUUAAACAAACAGGCAACAGAGACAGGAUCUGUCUUAUUUCUGUAUAUAUGGAUGAUUUAUAGAGUCAGGCACAUUUGACUUUAGACUAUUGGUUAUAGACCUAAUUAAGUUGGAGUUUCUUCUCUCCUCACUUUUCUUAGACAAUUAAGGCAAGGGCUGUUUUCUCAUCUCCUAACUCCACUGCUGCCUCCGCCGCAUUGUUCUCAACACUAAUAUGCUGGUUAACUUUGCUUUUAUGCACAUAGCAACAUGGUCUAGGAAAAGGUGCCAAUUCAACAGCGCACUGAUGUGUUUCAGAACCACGGACAGUGACCGCUAUCCAAUGCGGGAGAAAGCGCAUUUGUUAUAAAAUAAUAUUUGCACCAUUGUUCUUACGUAAUAUAACCAUAUACAAUUUCACUAGCACAGUCUUAGAUUGAUGGACUGUGUCAUCCCCACGGCCUCAACAAUGGAUCAGUCCACUCAGACAGGUGUCUUGUACACCAUGAUUUCUUUUUUCUUUUAUAUAUUUUUGCUACUGCUCGACUAAAGAAAUCUCGGUCGACCAACAGCCUAUCGACCAGCAAACAAUCGACCAGUCUACUAAAUGGGGUCAGCCCUAGCUGCAAGCCUGGUUGUUUUCAGGUUGAGGUCAAAGUGGGAGUGUAGUAGAGAUCUUCUCGGCUCCAGACCCGAUUGGACCUGAGUGACAAAAUUAAGUUUAUCAGCCCAGAUGCUCUUCUGGUUAACGAAUAGGUCUUUAUAUGUUGGCUAGGCCUUCUAUAAGUCAAUAAAUGCACUUUAUUAGCAUAAAAUACAUAUGCUAUACAGAGCUGUAGUCGGGUCCACUCGGGUCUAUCAGCUGUAGUUCCAUAGACCCGAGACCCGUUGACAAUCAAAGAGGACCUGACCAGGAAAAGUUUGAAUUUUGGACCCGGCCCCGCUCAGGUUUCAGGUAUUCGGGUUCGGGUGGACCCGUGAAGACCUCUAGAGUGUAGACCUACAUGGACACUAAGCCACUUAUCUAGAAAAAGUGACAUUGGAACACUAGUAGAAAGUAGGCAACAUAUCUGGCCUAUAUUAGCUAGUUCACUUUUUGUCUAUGAGUGGAAGAACGUAGAGAGCUUUGGGCCUAUCGACAAAGCCUGAUCUGCUGUAGAUAUUGCUGUUCUCUUUCUCUCUUAUUUUGGUUAUGAUGAAAUCUCCAUGAAAUUAGGAAACGUUAGCGAUCUGACCCUCCAUUUUAUGUAUUUGUUAUGGUAUUUCACCAGCCUGGUUGUGCUUUCUUGUCAGCGACGGUAUUAUAAUCCAAGGGACAACCUCUGCCAAUAAUCGCCAACACAGGUGAUGAACACACAAGCCGAUAUUAUAACCGCGAUCGAUAAAAGACAGUACUGUGCAGCCGUCUUCAUCGACCUGGCCAAGGCUUUCGACUCUGUCAAUCACCGCAUUCUUAUUGGCAGACUAAAUAGCCUUGGUUUCUCAAAUGACUGCCUCGCCUGGUUCACCAACUACUUCUACUUCUCAGAUAGAGUUCAAUGUGUCAAAUCGGAGGGCCUGUUGUCUGGACCUCUGGCAGUCUCUAUGGGGGUGACACAGGGUUCAAUUCUCGGGCCGACUCUAUUCUCUGUGUAUAUCAAUGAUGUCGCUCUUGCUUCUGGUGACUCUCAGAUCCACCUCUACGCAGACAACACCAUUUUGUAUACAUCUGGCCCUUCAUUGGACACUGUGUUAACAAACCUCCAAACGAGCUUCAAUGCCAUACAACACUCCUUCCGUAGCCUCCAACUGCUCUUAAACGCUAGUAAAACUAAAUGCAUGCUCUUCAAUCGAACGCUGCUUGCGCCCGCCCGCCCGACUAGAAUCACUACUCUCGGCGGGUCUGACUUAGAAUAUGUGGACAACUACAAAUACCUAGGUGUCUGGUUAGACCGUAAACUCUCCUUCCAGACUCACAUUAAGCAUCUCCAAUCCAAAGUUAAAUCUAGAUUCGGCUUCCUAUUUCGCAACAAAGCCUCCUUCACUCAUGCUGCCAAACAUGCCAUCAUAAAACUGAUUAUCCUACAGAUCCUUGACUUCGGCGAUGUCAUUUACAAAAUAGCCUCCAACACUCUACUUAGCAAAUUGGAUGUAGUCUAUCACAGUGCCAUCCGUUUUGUCACCAAAGCCCCAUAUACUACCCACCAUUGUGACCUGUGUGCUCUCGUUGGCUGGCCCUCACUACAUAUUCGUCGCCAAACCCACUGGCUCCAGGUCAUCUAUAAAUCACUGCUAGGCAAAUCCCCACCUUAUCUUAGCUCAUUGGUCACCAUAGCAACACCCACCCGUAGUAUGCGCUCCAGCAGGUAUAUCUCACUGGUCAUCCCCAAAGCCAACACCUCCUUUGGCUGCCAUUCAUUCCAGUUCUCUGCUGCCAAUGACUGGAACGAACUGCAAAAUUCUCUGAAGCUGGAGACUCUUAUCUCCCUCACUAACUUUAAGCAUCAGUUGGCUGAGCAGCUUACCGAUCACUGCACCUGUACACAGCCCAUCUGUAAUUAGCCCACCCAACUAACUCAUCCCCAAAUUGUUAUUUAUCUUGCUCAUUUGCACCCCAGUAUCUCUAUUUGCACAUCAUCUUCUGCACAUCUAUCACGUCAGUGUUAAUACUCAAUUGUAAUUAUUUUGCACUAUGGCCUAUUUAUUGCCUUACCUCCAUAACUUACUACAUUUGCACACACUGUAUAUAGGUUUUCUAUUGUGUUAUUGACUGUACGUUUUGUUUAUCCCAUAUGUAACUCUGUGUUGUUGUUUUUAUCGCACUGCUUUGAUUUAUCUUGGCCAGGUCGCAGUUGUAAAUGAGAACUUGUUCUCAACUGGCUUACCUGGUUAAAUAAAGGUGAAAUAAUCAUCUCUUCCACCUCCAUAUCAUCUGACAAUAAUAUGGAUAUCUAGAGGCAAUACUAAAUCCCCCAUCUAUAUCACCCCCCCCCACCCCCCCCCCCAUGUUUUGAAGAAUAGAUCAUCAAAGUAUGAGUGACUUGAACACAGCCAGCUGUUGUUUACAAUACCUUGUUGAUAUAAUACAGUGAAGGGUAAAGCCAAAGGGAGGGACAGAGAUUAGACUUGUUAUUUAUGUUUGUUGAACUUUGAUAAUUCGAGGUGUUUUAUUCAAUCCUGUCUGAUUUGUGAUUGAGAUUAAGCUUUAGUCGAGGGGGAUGACUAUGAGAUGACCUGUUCCUGUCAUCUCUGUGCUCAUGUUGUGUAUUGUAUGUACUAGCCUCCAUUUCCAAUCUGCUACAACACAUGUGAGACUAAUGUAGGCCUACAGUGUGAUGUAGAGGUCUUCUUGGGUCCAAAAGGUUGGACCCGAGGACAAUCAGACCUAGACCCGACCCAUACCCUAACAGGUACGAGUCUAGACCAGACCCGAUUGGACCCGAGUGACAAAAUGUAUGUUUAUCAGCCAAGUUGCUCUUCUGGUUAACAAGUAGGGUCUGGGUCGGCUCUCAGGUAUUCAGGUUCGCUUGGACCCGUGAAGACCUCUAGUGUGAUGUGAUUUUGUUCCAGUUUGUCAUAGUGUGGCCUGUGUUUGGCAGGAACAGGCCAGAGGGGAAGGUUCUGGAGACGGUGGGAGUGUUUGAGGCGCUGAAGCAGCAUGGCAAAUAUGAAACAGGCCAGGUAAGAGAGCCAGUGCCAUGCUGUUUACCCACCCAGACCACAAAUAUUGGUCCUGUCUUUCCCUCAUAAUCAUCAUAUUUUUCCUCACUGUCAUAUGCCUAAACAUUAAGGGGCGGCUUGAUUCCUAGACACAGAUUAAGCCUAAUCCUGGAAUAAAAAUAGAUUUUUAAUUGAGCUUGCUUUUUAGUCCAGGACUAGUCAUAAUCUGUGUCUGGGAAACCGGUCCUAGAUGAAUGGUGGUCCUGUACAAUAAACCCAGGCCUAUGUCGUCGUCCAGUGUAUGCAUACUGUAGUUGCCCUUGUCACAAAGGUAUUUUCAACCUCAAGUCUAUGUUUCUCCAUGUUCUCUCCUCAGCUCUUCCUUCAUAGUGUGUUUGGCUACAGAGGGAUUGUGUUGUUCCCCUGGCACGCCCGUAUCUAUGACAGAGAUGUCAUUCCUCCCGUGUCUGACAGGUGCGUAUCACAUCUCCCACCGGUAGGGCCAGGAGUUUUUUCUUUUCUUAGAUGUGUGUUUUUGUUUUUGAUUUGAAUGGGUGAUUUGUCAGAUAUUUUUUAACAGCCAUGUUCCGUCUCCCAGCAAGCCAGAGCCUCCUGGUUCACAUGGGUCAAAGGAGGUGAAGGGGAAAACUCAUACCUACUACCAGGUCCUCAUCGACACACGGGACUGUCCUCACAUAGUACGUUACCUCUGAACACUACCAAUACAAUGCCAUUGUUCUUACUGGCUAGGCCUAAAUGAAGACAUAUACCAGACUGCUAGUCUUCUAGUUGUUUCUCCUGUUGUGUUGACAGUCUCAGAGGUCUCAGACAGAAGCAGUGACGUUCCUGGCGAACCAUGACGACAGCAGAGCCCUCUAUGCCAUCCCAGGUAAACACAUUAUCUGCUGCUCCCUAUGUAGUAAAUGGCUACAUGCUUUGAUUUCUUUUCAAACAGGACAAUUGGCUAGCAGAGUUGUUAAAAUAAUAGUUUAUUUUCAUUCCCAGCACCACCCACAAAAAUGCUUUGAGUUCUUAUCAGCAAAUGGCACUGUCAGUGUGUAUGAAUAAUCUUGGCUGCCACGUGAUUUUGUAUAACUACCCUAGUUACUUCCUUGUACUACUUCUGUCCCAGCCAGCCUCCUGACUGACUGACGUUCUGCCUGGCUGUCAUUGUGUGUGUUUCAGGUCUGGACUAUGUGAGUCAUGAGGACAUCCUGCCCUACAACUCCACAGAGCAGGUCCCCAUCCAGCACGAAUUGUUUGAGCGCUUCCUCAUGUUCAACCCUGACAAAAGUAAGCGCCAGCCGCUCGCUGCUUUCCAGUUUCCAUUGUACAGCAUAGUAUACACUGAGUGUACAAAACAUUAAGGACACCUUCCUAAUAUUGAGUUGCACCCCCCUUUGCCCUCAGAACAGCCCCUAUUCGUCGGGGCAUGGACUCUACAAGGUGUCGAAAGCGUUCCACAGGGAUGCUGGCACAUGUUGACUCCAAUGAUUCCCACAGUUGUGUCAAGUUGGCUGGAUGUCCUUUGGGUGGUGGACCGUUCUUGAUACACAUGGAAAACUGUUGAGCGUGAAAAAUCCAGCAGCGUUGCAGUUCUUGACACAAACCAGUGCGCCUGGCAUCUACUACCAUACUGCGUUCAAAGGCACAUAAGUCUUUUGUCUUGCCCAUUCACCCUCUGAAUGGCACACAUACACUACCGGUCGAAAGUUUUAGAACCCCUACUCAUUCAAGGGUUUUUCUUUAUUUUUACUAUUUUCUACAUUGUAGAAUAAUAGUGAAGACAUCAAAACUAUGAAAUAACACAUAUGGAAUCAUUUAGUAACCAAAAAAGUGUUAAACAAAUCAAAAUAGCCACCCUUUGCCUUGAAGACAGCUUUGCACACUCUUGGCAUUCUCUCAACCAGCUUCACCUGUAAUGUAAUUUAUUUGGGCUGCAGUUUCUAAGUCUGGUAACUCUAAUGAACUUAUGCUCUGCAGCAGAGGUAACUCUGGGUCUUUCAUUCCUGUGGCGGUCCUCAUGAGAGCAGGUUUCAUCGUAGCGCUUGAUGGUUUUUGUGACUGCACUUGAAGAAACUUUCAAAGUUCUUGAAAUAUUUAGUAUUGACUGACCUUCAUGUCUUAAAGUAAUGAUGAACUGUUGUUUUGUCUUUGCUUAUUUUAGCUGUUCUUGCCAUAAUAUGCACUUGGUCUUUUACCAAAUAGGGCUAUCUUCUGUAUACCCCCUCUACGUUGUCACAACACAACAGAUUGGCUCAAAUGCGUUAAGAAGGAAAGAAAUUCCACAAAUUAACUUUUAAGAAGGCACACCUGUUUAUUGAAAUGCAUUCCAGGUGACUACCUCAUGAAGCUGGUUGAGAGAAUGCCAAGAGCGAGCAAAGCUCUCAUCAAGGCAAAGGGUGGCUAUUUGAAGAAUCUCAAAUAUAAAAUAUGUUUUGAUUUGUUUAACACUUUUUUUGGUUACUACAUGAUUCCAUAUGUGUUAUUUCAUAGUUUUGAUGUCGUCACUAUUAUUAUACAAUGUAGAAAAUAGUAAAAAUAAAGAAAAACCCUUGAAUGAGUAGGUGUUCUAAAACUUUUGACUGGUAUUGUACACAAUCCAUGUCUCAAUUGUCUCAAGGCUUAAAAAUCCUCUUUAACCUGUCUCUUCCACUUCAUCUACACUGAUUUUGAAGUGGAUUUAGCAAGUGACCUCAAUAAGGGGUCAUAGCUUUCACCUUGAUUCACCUGGUCAGUCUAUGUCAUGGAAAGAGCAGGUGUCCUUAAUGUUUUCUACAAUCGGUGUACAUUUCCAGUUAUUUUUUGGAACAUUCACGAAUUCCAACUUCUUCCACUUAAAAAACAUUCAGUAGUACUAUAAAGUAUUCAACAUUCAAUGUUUUUUUUUACAUUCACAGGUACUGUAAAGUAUACAAUAUAUCCAGUUAUUUUGUGAGCAUUCACAAGUGUGUAAUGUGUGUAUGUAUAUGUUACGACUGUUUAAACUGAGUGUUGUGUGUGUCCAGCCACCCCAGCUCCCCCGUUCAGUGCGAGGGACACUCUGAAGGCAUGGCAGGAGAAGAACCAUCCCUGGCUGGAGCUGUCCGACGUACACAGAGAGACGACGGAGAACAUCAGGGUUACCGUCAUCCCCUUCUACAUGGGCAUGAGGGUAAGGAUGAUGUCGCUGUUGGGACUGAGGCUCUUUCUCAAUCUGUCCUCUCCUUGCCGCUUCUUUUUAUUGCACUGAUCUGAAAGAACUGGCCAGGUGAAAGCCAGCGUAAUGCGCAUCCACCAUAUCCGUUUUUUUCUAUCCGUGCAGAUGAAGGGGAGGACAGGUUUUUAAGACAUUGAGAGAAAGCCUCUGUUUUAAUUAUGUCAGUUCCUAUCAAAUCAAUAUUAUACUGGGUAGUAUGAGCUCUUUCCAUAACUCACCCCUUUCAAUAAUGUUCUGCUCGUCACUGAGUCCUCCCACUCUGUCGUGUGAUUCUUAUGAUCUUGAAUCUGCGCAUGAAGAAUAAAUAAAGUAUUUUCUUUCUCAGGAUGCUCAAAAUUCUCAUGUGUACUGGGUAAGUAGCAUUUACUUUUUACAAUUCCCUGAAAAAGGACAAAUAAUUUGAACUUUUACCAAUUUAUGAUGUAGGCCUCGUAUAUCCAGUCAAGGACACAAAUGUAGACUGUAAGAACAGCAACAUAAUGUGUACCAAACGCUGAUGCUGAUGUGUGUGUGUGUGUGUGUCAGUGGCGGUACUGCAUCCGCCUGGAGAACAUGGGCAGUGAGGUGGUGCAACUGAGGGAGAGACACUGGAGGAUUUUCAGCCUGUCAGGCACCCUGGAGACGGUCCGAGGCCGGGGGGUCGUAGGCCGGGUCAAUAGUACAACCACCACCACACAAUGGAAUUACAAACUCUCAAUGGCUGUGUCUGAAAACAUUACUAGCUGCCAAAAUACUUGCUUCCUCUGUCCUUGUUUCCUCAAUUCCUCUCCAAGCUCAUUGGAUGAGAGGAUCUAAGGUCCCUUCCUCGGGCAACCUCCUCCAAUGAGCUUUGAGGGAACAAGGACGGAGGAAGCAUGUAUUUGACACAGCCACUCAUACAGUACGUUACCUCCACGACUGAGUAGAGGCCAUAACCAAUGGUUUUUAUCCCCAGGAGCCAGUGUUGUCCAAAGAGCAGCCAGCCUUCCAGUACAGCAGCCAUGUUUCCCUUCAAGCACCCAGUGGACACAUGUGGUAAGGACUUCCCAGCUUACCUUUGGCUUCUACACACAGUAACAUGACAAUGGAACUGCAUUAUUAACAUUAAUUAAGAAUAUUGCUGUGGUAAACGUCUUACUGUGGGUCAUAGAGGCAGCACACACAGCAGUUACCUGAAAUGCAGGUUUAUGGAUGUUCUGGUCUGAGAAUGACUUAUUAAACUGGUUUUGCUAUUUGAACCUGGUCCUUGCGGUAAACAUAAGCUGGGGAAACAUGAAAUAUAUACCAUGCAAUUGGAAUUGAUGUUUGAGUGAAUCUUGCACAGAUUUACAGGCAAGUAAACAAACAAUCUAAAACACAGGAGUAAACGCAAGAGUAACUCAAGCUUUUCAAAAUCUAAAAUAAAUAACAUCAACCUUUCUCACAUUUAGUACAGAGGUGUGAUGGUCAAGAUUCUAAUGAUGCUCUCUGUACAGGGGGACGUUCCGCAUCGAGCGGACGGACGGCUCCCACUUUGACGUGCGCAUUCCCCCGUUCUCCCUGGAGAGUAACAAGGAUGAGAAGGUACCUCCUGCUGGCUACACCCUCUGAGGCAACGCAGCAGCACCAUGUCCCUCAGCGCAGUCUGACAGCCAAGCCAUCCUUAGGAACGGAUCAAAACCCUUCCUCUGCUACUUUUCCUUGUUGAGAUUUUAAGAAACGUAUUUAAUCGAGCACAUUGAAAUGAGAUGUUCAAUGAAAAGGGACAAAAAAUAUCCUCCCAACACUAUUGUGGCUAAUGACAACUUUAGCUUUUUAGUGGAAAGGAGAAGGACAAGCGAUCGGUCACCGAGGUUGUUGAUUGAGAUCGUUCUGCAGAGGCAGAAUGGCUCGGUGAGCACUGAUGGUAUUUGCUUUUAUUAUUAUGAUGAUGAGUGGGAAUAAAUCAUGCCAAUUGUUUCUCAGCCAUAGUUGCUUGACCCAGAGGUAGACGUCUAAAGCCAAAUAGAACAUGUCCAAUAGUAGCCCUACUCUUUAACAGAGACCUCAGUCAGUCAAGUCUAGACCUCAUGUUCCUCUGAUGUAUAGUGUUCUGCAAAUUCCUCUGAGUGUUGUUUGGCUUGACUGUUACUUCUUUGAGCCUCUGUGAUGGGGCUUGUGGUGAAACAUGAAGAAAAGGGAAAGAACCUUGUGCAUGUCUCAAAUGGCACCCUAUUCCCUAUUAAGUGCAUGGGCCCUGGUCAAAAGUAGUGC